AUGAGUACAGACACAAUAGGAGUUGCCAUCAUUGGGACCGGCAUCAAAGGAAUCACCCUGGCCCUUGGCCUCAUGUCUCGCGGCAUCCCUGUCCGCGUUUACGAGCGAGCCCGCGAUUUUCACGAAAUCGGAGCGGGCAUCGGCUUCACUCUCAACGCCGAAUGGGCAAUGAAAGUGGUCGACCCGCGUAUCCACGCUGCAUUCAAACGCGUCGCUAUGCCUAAUGCUUCGGACUGGUUCCAGUGGGUGGACGGAUUCAACGAGCCCGGUACCGACCCGCGGGAGACCGAGGAACAGCUGCUUUUCAAGAUCUACCUAGGCGAGCGUGGAUUCGAGGACUGUCACCGUGCCCAAUUCCUGGGUGAGCUAGCACGUCUACUCCCUGAGAAUGUUGUUACCUCUCACAAGGCGCUGGAUACUGUGGAGCCCGCAGCAGAUAAGAGCCUCGGCCAGCUACUCCGUUUCCAAGAUGGCACGACAGCUACCAACAGACCCUAA